AGCUGCAAGCAAUAAAUGCUCUUCUUCCCAUUGAAUUUACUACACUAUUUGUUAAAUUGCUGAGCCUCAAGUGCUUGGCUUCUCUAUAAAUAGUGUAGCUCUUAACACCUCUCUUUCACAUCCAUAAAUUUCAGUCUCUCCUCUCAGUCUCUCUCUGCAUAGGCUAUUGAAGCUAGUUUUAAUAGUGUAGCUUAACACCUCUCUUUCACAUCCCCAACUCACACUCUCUCCUCUACACUUUAUCUUCCUUCUUCACAUCUGCAAUCCAGUCUCUCUCUUAGUCUUUCUCUGCAUAGACAAUUGAAGCUACUUUUACGAAGCCCCAUAGAUUUGUACAUCUUUUCAAUUUCAAAGUUUUUUUUUUAAAAAAAAUCAGUGAAAUGUCCUUUUCCAUUUUCACCUUCACUCCAACUUACAAACACAAAUUUUUUUUUUUAUUUUUCACAGGGAGUGGAAAUGAAGAUAUUCAUAAUACUCAUCAGUGUUGUUGUUGUUUUGGCUGGAGGCUCAUCUGCAGACCUUGCUCCUUCUCUUGCUCGUCGUAUCAAUGGUAACCAUAGUUUGGUGAAUCCAACUCUAGUUACCAUUGAUCGUGGUGCCGUUUGCCUACAUGGAAAUCCAGCAACCUACUACUACUCCAAAGGAUUUGGCAAGGGUAGUAAAAAUUGGAUUGUGUAUCUUCCUGGAGGAGGGUGGUGUAGUGAUUUUGCUAAUUGCAACGCUUAUAUUAAAAAUAAAGGAGUUGGCACAGACCCUAAACCAAUAACUUUUGGUUAUAUUUUCAGCAACGAAAAACAAAAAAAUCCUGACUUCUUCAACUGGAAUAGAGUUGUUGUUAGGUAUUGUGAUGCAUCAUCGUUUACGAGCAACUCUAAAAUAACUGAUGAAAAUGGCGAUACAAUUUAUUUAAGAGGUGCAAGAAUCUUCAAGGCUGUAAUGGAAGAGCUACUAGGCCUUGGAAUGGGAAAUGCAAGAAAUGCCAUAUUAGCUGGUAGUUCAGCGGGUGGUGUUGCUACUGCUAUUUACUGUGACAGAUUUAGAGGUCUCAUACCCUCUGCUUCUCGAGUAAAAUGCUUGUCUGAUGGUGGUUAUUUUUUCUUGGCUAAAAACCACAGCCAAGGAAACCAAUUCCUAUCCUACUUUGAAGCCUUGACCAAGAUACAGGGGUCAAAAACUGCUUUGCCUGAAUCAUGCACUACAAAAUUAAGUGCAGAAUUGUGUUUCUUCCCUCCAAACUUGUUGGCCAACAUUAAAACGCCUAUUUUCUUCUUCAUGUCUGAAUUUGAUCGAGUACAGAUUGAGUAUACUUUGGGAAAAGAUUUUGUCACUUGCAUUGAACAGAGGAAUUGCUCCUCAAAUCAAUUAAAGGCAAUGCAAGAUCUUAGGACAGAGCUCCUACCUGUUUUGCCUAAUGGAGGUAAAAACUCCAAGAAUGGAUUGUUGAUUACCUCUCCAUUUGCUCACACUAGGCUAUUUGACCCUUCUUGGUAUUUCCCUGUACCUGGGACUAAAAAGACAUAUGAUGAACUAUUCAGAGAUUGGUACUUUGAUCGGAAGUCUGUCCGAGUGAUAGACAACUAUACAUGCCCAUAUCAUUGUUAUGUUCAUCAAUGCCUGAAGUAAAUAAUGAGGAAAUGGAGGAAGGGACUAAAUUAGCUGGAAAUUGUCUACUAGGACUAAAACAAUGUAGUGUGAAGAAGAAGUCAUUGGAGGGCAGGCAGGCAGUUGCAAGAUCAGACGAUGUUGUCUGAUUAAAUAGGCUAGUGACUGUACAGCAAGAUUAGAUUCCAACUGCAGGAUUUAUCUAUAUAGUACUAUUUGAGUAUU